AUGGACAUUGGAGAGCACUGCUCGUAUUGUGGACAGAUAGAUUUUCUCCCGUUCAAGUGCUCGUGCAAGGGAGUGUUCUGUCUCCAGCAUCGACAGCCGGAUCAACACUCGUGUCCAAAGUUAGAGCUGAAAGGCACGAAAACUGCGGAACAGAAGCUGAGAGACAGUAUCGAUACUUCUCAUUUGCCAUCAUCAAAGACUCUUUUCCCUGAUCGCUCGAAUUUCAACCCGGAACUGUCCUUGAAGACCACCGACACCGUCCCCACCUCCAUUGAGACACAGAGCUCGAAGAGUACCAAUGCCUUGACCAAGCUGAAAAAGUUGUUUGAGAAGAGUAGGCCAAAGAAGGCCAACGCUACGAAGGCCAUUGUGGAACUGUCCAAGUUGAAGAGCACUGCUAAGGGGGACUUGAGAAUCCCACAGUCUGAGCGGAUCUAUGUAUGGUGCCAAGUACUUGGGUGCAAGGGCCGAGAUGAGAAUGAACGGUACCCAUUGUUUGUCUCUCGAGCCUGGCCUCUAGGCAGGGCCUUGGACAGUAUGGCGACGCAUCUGAACUUGACCAACGUUAACAACAGAACCAAGGACGACUCGGAGAAGCUAUUCCUAUACCGUCAGCAGAACGAUUCUCGAGGAGGCGCGGAAUUCGUCAAGAUGUCCACCAGUGAGCGUUGUAACGUCAUAAAAGAUGGUACUACGGUGUUUAUCGUUAGAGGGUUGCUGUGA